AUGCGAGCCGAGCCCGGGGCGGUUGGCGCUCCGUUCGCUGGCUUCGAGGAAGGAAUCGCGCGCAGCAGGGACGCGCAGACCUGCCAGCCCCAUUUCAAGCGUCUGAGGUGCAGCCGGUUUUCCUCCGCGCGCCGGCGGCCUCGGAGGCGCGCUGGGAGGUGUGCGUUGGUGUCCGUUCAGGCACUGGCCAUCCGCCAGUGCUGCGGAGGUUGGGCGGGCGGCGUGGGGUACGCCUGGGGAGCGCCCGGUGCGCGGCUGCGGAGCGCGCGCCUCACGCCGCACUUCUCUAUCCGCCUGCCCGCAGGGCUGCAGCCCGUCCCCAGCCCGGACGAGUGGGAAGUCGUGUUUCCUGCGCUCUGGCGCCGGGAGCCGAGGAGCGCCGCGGGAGGUCGCGCGGGCGGCGGCGGCGGCGGUAUCCGCACAGCGGGGUCCUCCCGCGAGGCGCGCUCCGCGGCCCCCGUGCCGCCCGAGUUGUCCCGGCCUUCCUCGCCGCUGGCUUCGGAGGAGGACGACGAGCUCGAGUCGCGGGAGCUCCCCCGGGGGUCCAGCGGCCCGGCUUCCCCGUUCUCGGGCGUCCCGGCCUCACCGCCGCCGCCGCCCCCUCGGCCGUUCCCGUCCCCGCCCCCGGCCCGGCUAGAGGAACCUGACAGCGAGGAGGUGCUGCUGCGGAUCCCGGCCUUCUCCCGGGACCUCUACCUGCUGCUUCGGAGAGACGGACGAUUCCUGGCGCCGCGCUUCGCCGAGGAGCAGUGGCCGAGCUCAGGCCGUGCAGCGGCCGCCCCACCCCCUCCCGCGACGCCCAGCGCCUCCUGCUUCUACUCCGGGGUCGUGCUGCGCAACCCGGGCUCGCUGGCCUCCUUCAGCACCUGCGGCGGUGGCCUGAUGGGAGUUAUACAGCUCAAUGAGGACUUGAUAUUUAUUGAGCCACUCAAUAACACAAUGGCCAUAACAGGUCAUCCACACCGUUUAUAUAGGCAGAAAAAGUCGGUGGAGGAAAGAGUCACAGAGAAGUCAGAUCAUCACAAUCAUUACUGCGGCAUCAUUUCAGAUAAAGGAAGACCUAGGUCUAAAAAAUUAGCAGAAAGUGGAAGAUGGAAACAGAGUUCAUAUAAGUCAUCUCAAGAAUACAACAUAGAGACGGUAGUGGUUGCAGACCCGGCAAUGGUUUCUUAUCACGGUGCAGAUGCGGCCAGGAGAUUCAUUCUAACCAUCUUAAAUAUGUUUUUCUUUCUUAGUAUGUCUAAGAAUGACCUACAGAAAGUAAAAUACAUUCUGUUGCAGGCAGAUCUGUAUAUUGGGCACCAUGGAGAGAAAAUGCUAGAGAGUUUUUGUAAGUGGCAACAUGAAGAAUUUGGCAAGAAGAAUGAUAUCCACUCAGAGAUGUCAACACAUUGGAGAGAAGAUUUGACUUCAAUUGAUGCAGCUAUACUUAUAACAAGGAAAGAUUUCUGUGUACACAAAGAUGAACCAUGUGAUACUGUUGGUAUAGCUUACUUGAAUGGAAUAUGUAGUGAAAAGCGGAAAUGUAUUAUUGCUGAAGACAAUGGCCUGAAUCUUGCAUUUACAAUUGCUCAUGAGAUGGGUCACAAUAUGGGAAUCAAUCAUGACAAUGACCACCCCUCCUGUGCUGAAGGUCUUCAUAUCAUGUCUGGUGAAUGGAUUAAAGGGCAAAAUCUUGGUGAUGUUUCCUGGUCUGGGUGUAGCAAGCAAGACUUGGAACGAUUUCUCAGGUCAAAGGCAAGUAGCUGCUUGCUGCAGACAAAUCCUCAGAGUGUGAAUUCCGUGAUGGUUCCCUCCAAACUGCUAGGGACGGCCUACACUGCUGAUGAGCAAUGUCAGAUUCUCUUUGGGCCCUCAGCCUCUUUUUGUGAAGAGAAACAGAAUGUGAUUUGCAUGGGGCUAUGGUGCAGAGUAGAAGGUGAGAAAGAAUGCAGGAGCAAACUUGAUCCGCCCAUGGAUGGGACAGACUGUCUCCCCGGUAAGUGGUGUAAGGCUGGAGAGUGUACCAGUAGGACCCCAGCACCUGAGCACCGGGCUGGAGAAUGGAGCAUGUGGAGUUCCUGCAGCCGAACCUGCAGCUCUGGGACCAGCAGUCGAGAACGCAGAUGUCCUGGGCUAAGUUCUGAAGCAAGGGAUUGUAAUGGUCCCAGAAAACAAUACAGAGUAUGUGAGAAUCCACCUUGUCCUGCAGGUUUGCCUGGGUUCAGAGACUGGCAAUGUCAGACCUAUAAUUUUAAAACUUCACACCCAAAGCAGGUCCUUCCAUGGCAAGCUGUCAUGGACGAAGAAAAACCAUGUGCCUUGUUUUGUUCUGUUGGAAAGGAACAGCCUGUUCUCCUAUCAGAAAAAGUGAUGGAUGGAACUUCUUGUGGAUACCUGGGAUUAGAUAUAUGUGCAAAUGGCAGGUGCCAGAAAGUUGGUUGUGAUGGAUUAUUAGGGUCCCUGGCAAGGGAGGACCACUGUGGAGUAUGCAAUGGUGAUGGAAAGUCUUGCAGGAUUAUUAAAGGGGAUUUUAAUCACACCAGAGGAGCAGGUUAUGUGGAAGUGUUGGUGAUACCUGCGGGAGCAAGGAGCAUCAAAGUUGUAGAAGAAAAGCCGGCACAUAGCUAUUUAGUUCUCCGAGACACAGGCAAACGGUCUAUUAAUAGUGACUGGAAGAUUGAACACUCUGGAGCAUUCAAUUUAGCAGGAACUACCAUCCAUUAUAUAAGAAGAGGCCUAUGGGAGAAGAUAUCCGCCAGAGGUCCUACUACAACACCUUUACACCUUCUGGUGCUCCUGUUUCAAGAUCAGAAUUAUGGUCUUCAUUAUGAAUAUACCAUCCCAUCAGAACCUAUUCCAGACAAUCAGAGCUCAAGAGCAUCUGAGCCCCUCUUCCUGUGGACACACACCGGCUGGGAAGAUUGUGAUGUCACAUGUGGAGGAGGAGAGAGGAAGACAACAGUAUCCUGCACAAAAGUCAUGAGCAAGAAUAUCAGCAUUGUGGACAACAAAAAGUGCAAAUACUUAACAAAGCCAGAUCCACAGAUUCGAAAGUGCAAUGAGCAACCAUGUCAGACAAGAUGGAUGAUGACAGAAUGGACCACAUGUUCACGAACUUGUGGUAAAGGGAUGCAGAACAGGCAAGUGGCCUGUACCCAACAACUAAGCAAUGGAACUCUCAUUAGAGCCCAGGAGAGGGACUGUGUGGGACCAAAGCCAGCCUCCGCCCAGCGCUGUGAGGGCCAGGACUGCAUGACUGUGUGGGAGGCAGGAGUCUGGUCUGAGUGCUCAGUCAAGUGUGGCAAAGGUGUUCGUCAUCGGACAGUGAGAUGUACAAACCCAAGAAAGAAAUGUGUCCUCUCCACCAGACCGAGGGAGGCUGAAGAUUGUGAGGAUUAUUCAAAAUGCUAUGUGUGGCAGAUGGGUGACUGGUCUAAGUGCUCAAUUACCUGUGGCAAAGGAAUGCAGUCUCGUGUUAUCCAGUGCAUGCAUAAGAUCACAGGAAGACAUGGAAAUGAAUGUUUCUCUUCAGAAAAACCUGCAGCAUAUAGGCCAUGCCACCUUCAGCCCUGCAACGAGAAGAUCAAUGUAAAUACCAUAACAUCACCUAGACUUGCUGCUCUGACUUUCAAGUGCCUAGGAGAUCAAUGGCCUGUUUACUGCCGAGUGAUCCGAGAAAAGAACCUGUGUCAAGACAUGAGGUGGUAUCAGCGAUGCUGCGACAUGUGCAGGGAUUUCUAUGCCCAAAAGCUUCAGCAGAAGAGUUGA